GUAGCUCUCUCGAAGGCGAUGCGAUAAGCGGUGCGAGAACUGCGAGAACUGCGAGAGCAGCGCAGUGCGCACGGAAAAAUUGGGUCGAUGCGCGGAAGAUGGCGGUCGUUGCGUGGUGCGCGUAAGAACGUAAGAAGGCUCGCACUUGGUGAGAAACAUGAAAGAACCACGGUGAGGUACGUCGACACGUGCGAAACGCGACUUAGGCGACCCGUCCGUACAAACACCGGCGUAAAAGCACGACGCCCUCGCGAACUCGCGACUCGAUCACGUCGGCGGUCGGGGACGUGUUGACGAAUUUGUUUACGAUAAGCGGCAACGAAGAAGCCGCCGUGUCUCUUUCAAUUUUCGGAAGCUGUCGCAAUCGUUUGUCGUUUCUCGUUUCUCGAUUCUCGGCUAGCGACGCGGCGAGCAGGUGACGCAGGUGUAUCGCGCGAUCGUGUGAUCGUUGGUGCCGACUUGCCGACUUGCCGAGUGCUGAGUGCCGAGUAAAGUGACAACACCAGUCAUCACACGGCACGUACAAGUGCGUACAAGAGAGAACACGCUGCACGCAGCGGCAGGGGGGGAACGAAAAGAGAGAGGAAAGAUAAGCACGCACGUAUACCUAAUACCUACACCCGCAGCGGACAGAUUCGACACUGGAGAUUAAGCGUUGCCGGACUUCGGCCCGGUGAGAAGAACAGUAGAGAUGCUGAAGCAAUUGCAGAUGGGGAUGAGAGCUUUCCUCUUAAUGGCCUCCCGUGUGUGGACCUGCAUCUGCUUUCUACUCAAGAAGCAGGUUAGAGCCAUCUCACAGAUGCAACCAGUCAAAUACGAGAUCUUCCCGCUUUCACCUUUAUCUAGGCACAGACUUAGUAUAGUUAAGAGAAAAGUAUUAGUACUGGAUUUAGAUGAAACAUUAAUUCACUCUCAUCACGACGGAGUAGCGAGGCCAACUGUCAGGCCUGGUACACCUCCAGAUUUUGUUCUUAAAGUGACGAUAGACAGACAUCCUGUUAGAUUUUUUGUCCAUAAAAGACCACACGUAGAUUUCUUCUUGGAUAUUGUUAGUCAGUGGUACGAGCUAGUAGUCUUUACUGCAUCCAUGGAAAUAUAUGGGGCAGCAGUUGCAGAUAAACUAGAUAAUAACAGAGGUAUUUUAAGGCGCAGAUAUUAUAGACAACAUUGCACGCCAGAAAUGGGUUCUUACACCAAGGAUUUAUCUGCAAUCUGUUCAGAUCUCUCUUCAGUCUUUAUUCUUGAUAACAGCCCAGGAGCUUACAGAGCCUAUCCACACAACGCGAUACCCAUAAAGUCAUGGUUCAGCGAUGCGGGAGACACCGCUUUAUUAAGCUUACUUCCAGUCUUGGAUGCUCUUCGUUUCACGCAGGAUGUACGAUCCGUUCUUUCAAGAAAUUUACACUUACACCAUACUUGGUAGCAUAGCUGAGAUUGAACGAUACACUAGAUAUUCUAGAGUUGAAACUAUUAGCAGUUUCAGUUAGUGUGUCUAGCCUAGGAUUAUUAUUGUUACUAAUUAAUAGCAACUUUAGGUCGCUGCCCAUAUAAUGAGAGAGCCCCUUUCUUUAGUCCUUGUUUUUCUAUACUCGAACGAAAAGCGGUGAAUAAGUACCGAAGAAAAUGGUAUUCAGCCAAUAAUUACAUCAGCACAAAAACAUCCUAGGAUAAACUCUUUGCGUUGUACAAUCCAUAUGUGCAAAAUCAUGAAGCGAAUUUCUUUACUUUUUUCUGUUGUACAAAUCUUUACCAAAGACCAAGAUACAAAAAUAAGAUAGAAUCGUAUUAGCCAGCAAGAUUUUUCAUAUUAGGUAAGAAUUCAACUUUUUAUUUAUAUAUUUCGGCACAUCAUGGAAAAUAAAUCAUUAAAGUACUUUUGUUAUUAACCUAGGAUGUAUAGAUAGAUAGAAAAAGAGGGGGGGGGGAGAUGUACCUAAGUCAAAUGGAUUUCACUGUAACUCACUGUAUCAGUGAGGCAGCUGUAUCCUGGUUAUAUCCAAUAAAAGAAGUAUUAAUAUAAAACCAGGAAAGAAUGACAUCUGUUCUCGUCAAGACUUCCGCGAUAUGGAAUAUUAUAUGUAUGAUCUUAUAUGAUUGAUUGUGUAUGGUAUGCGCUCUUACAAGAGUUUAUAAUAUGCGAUUCUUUGAUACUUUUGGUUUUCUACUUUAUUUUGUCCCAUAAAAUAAUUGCAAUUAAUAAAUAUAUAAACGAGAAAACAACACACUUGUAAAGAAAUAUAUUUGUAAUUGUCUUGAUAUAAUAUUCAAAUUCUUGUUCCUAAAAAAUAAUCUUGAGAUCAUAUAAGUUGAAACAUAGAAUUGAUUUAUAUAUUUUUUCUUGCAAACAUCUUAACAAGAGCAAUUGAGUGUUUCUAUAAAAAAAAAUUUAUACAAUACUCAUUUUACUUGCAUUUCUUUUUUGUUUAUGCUAUAAAUAUAUUAUUUUAUAAUAAAAUAUUUAACUAUGUAAAGAAAACUCGUAUGAAUUAUACAAUAUGAUAUUUUUCCAUACAAAUCAUACAUGUAUAAUUUUUUUCAUUGAUAUUCGAAAAUAUGGGGGAAGAAUAGCGUAUAAGGAAGAAGAGGUUUCAACUUAUAAUCUUAAGAUUAUCAUAUUACAUUUAAAAAACAAAAUCUUAAAUACAGUACUCAAUUAGCUCUAAUUACUUAAAAUGUGAAAAGUUUUGCAAAUUUUUCUCUAAUUUGAGAAACAAAUUUGUUUCUUAUAUAUAGUUAACAUACAAUUUAUUUAUUUCAUGAUUACGAAUAGUGAAAUAAUUAAAUGAAUUACAUAUCAUGAACUCUUCUUGUAAGUGAUAUACAUAUACUAGCAAACUACACACACGUACACGUACACGAAUCUGUGUACUUUGUUUGCUUGUUUAGUGAUACAAUAAUGUCGAACAUUAUACAACUUGUACAUAUUACUCGGAUGUAUUUGACGCAACUCAAGUAUGACUGAUUUUUGUAUGAAUGAUUGGUAUAAAUAAGUUACAAUACAUGGACUUCAUCUAAUACCUAUAUUUAUGUGCGUGUGUGUAUGUGUAAUGUAAGUGCAUCCGCACAUACAUGCACACACAUACACAUGUAUACACAUGCAUUUAUACAUAAAUGUAAAAUCAAUUUAUUCAAUUUACAUUUAAAAAGUAAAAAAAGAACAAUACGCCCAUGUGUACAAGAUUUAGCGAUAUUAGUUAUCCUUCAAUAAAGAUUUUUUAAAAUUAAAA